AUGAAUUCAUCAUCAUCAUCAGUGUCAACAACUGACUUGAAUCUAAUUCAACUCAAACUUGCGCGUUACUUUCUAGUGCCCGUUUAUAUUCUUGGUAAUUUUGGCAACUUUGCAAAUAUAGCUCUGUUCUCGCAGCGUAACAUUCGAGGAAACAUUUUUUGCGCAUGGUACUUCAUCUGUUUGUCAUUAGCUAAUUUGUUCGUUCUCAACACCGGUGGUCUAAGUCGAAUUCUUUCCUUGUUAAUCAAUUUCAAUCUGGAAACUACGUCGAUUAUAUUCUGCAAAAGUCGCAACUAUCUGAUUCAGACAGGAGCAGUAAUUGGACGUUAUUUUAUCUGUCUGAUCUCGAUUGAACGAUGGAUGGUGACGUCAACAAAUGAAAUGAUUCGUCGAAUGACAUCUGCUCAAAUUGCUCUACGACUUAUUGUAAUUGGUCCUUGUAUGAUUGCUCUUUUUAUUAUACAUGUUCCAAUUGGAUUUGCAAUCAGCAACGAACGAUGUUUCGCAUCGUUGAAUGACACAUAUGUUUUAUUCUUCAAUAUCUACAAUAUGACGAUUAUCACAGUACCAGUUAUCGUAAUAACAUUAUUCAGUAUCCUGAUUUUUACCAAUGUACGACAGAGUCGCCAUCGUGUUGUGCCGAUUUCUAUCACGGGGUUCAAUGUUCAAGCGAUAUACUUAACAACAAAGUCAGCUGGACAACAAAGAGAUAUUCAAUUCAUUCGAUUAGCUUUAAUCCAAAUUUUCACUUUUAUGCUAUUUACUAUUGGCUAUGGGAUUUAUAAUGUGUAUGAUUUUGGGACUAGUUCAAUAGAGAAAAGUUCUGAUCGACAAGCCAUCGAAGCAUUUAUCAGUGGAAUAGCAGUCAACUUAAAUUAUGUAUCCGUCGCGGCCCCAUUUUUCUCGUAUACAUUGGCAUCCAAUAAAUUUCGUAAAGAUUGCAUUGCAACAUUUCAUCGUUAUGGCACACUCUUUAUGCGAUGCUUCGGAGAAUAA